AUUAAAAGUUCUUUCAAAGUCAUUGUCUUAAUUGUUGAUUCCUUUUUGUGAGGUGUUCAGACAUGUCCUCUUUUGAACUAGUACAACACCAAGAUUGUGUUGACUAUGAAGAACAGGUUUUCAGUGCUUUUCUCUUUUUUUAUCUUGUGCUCUUGGUAAAAAUGCCCACUUGUGUUGCCCUUGUACUUCUGCUAGGAACAUCUGCCCAACAGCUGGAUGCAUCCUUCAGUACAAAUGCCACCUUGGAAAUAUUUGAAGUUGACUUCAGGGAUCCCUCCCUGGACAUGAAGCAGAAAGGAGUACUUCCUGCCUCAAACAGGUUUCAUAAGCUGAUCUGGGGGAACUUUGGAAAUGGGUCUGCAGAGUGCUCUGGAGUGAUCAUUGGUGGAGGGGAUAACGGAGUGCUGACAAUGUACAGCGUGCACCGCAUCUUGGCUUCGAAGGGUGACCCUGUCAUGGCCCACACAGAGAAGCAUUCAGGUCCUGUUCGAGCCCUUGACUUCAACCCUUUUCAGAGUAAUCUCUUGGCUUCCGGAGCCAAUGAUUCUGAAAUUUUCAUCUGGGACUUGAAUAAUUUCAGUGUGCCUAUGACUCCGGGGACUAAAUCACAGCCACAUGAAGACAUCAGUGUGGUGUCCUGGAAUCGGCAAGUGCAGCAUAUCCUGUCCUCCGCUCACCCCAGCGGCAAGGCUGUGGUUUGGGACCUCAGGAAGAAUGAGCCCAUCAUCAAAGUCAGUGACCACAGCAACAGAAUGCAUUGCUCAGGAAUGGCCUGGCAUCCAGAAGUUGCAACCCAGUUAGUCCUUUCCUCUGAGGAUGACCGUUUGCCAGUGAUCCAAAUAUGGGACUUGCGCUUUGCUACCUCUCCUCUUAGCCAGCUGGAAGGGCACACCAGGGGAGUUCUCUCUGUUUCUUGGUGCCAGGCUGACCCUGAACUGCUGUUGAGUAGUGCCAAAGACAACCGGAUCUUGUGCUGGAACCCAAGUCUGGGGGAGGUGGUGUAUGAGUUGCCCAUUCGGAGUCAGUGGUGCUUUGAUGUCCAGUGGUGUCCUAGGAAUCCUUCAGUCUUCUCUGCUGCCACUUUCGAUGGGUGGAUCAACAUUUAUUCUGUUAUGGGUGGGAACUUAGAAGCUCAGCAGAAAACACAGGCUGACAAGAUCUCUUCCUCCUUCAACAACCUGGAUCCCUUUGGCACAGGACAGAGCCUUCCUCCUCUGCAGGUGCCAGAGCAAGUAACUCAGACCACCUUGAUUCCACCAUUAAAAAAGCCACCCAAGUGGAUUCGCAGACCUGUGGGGGUUUCAUUUGCAUUUGGAGGAAAACUGAUUACCUUUGGUCUUACCAAAGCUCCUGGACAGCAAAUGCAGCAGACUUACCCACACCAGGUAUUCAUCAGUCAAGUCACUACUGAAACUGAAUUCCUACUCCGAUCCAAGGAGCUGCAGAUGGCUUUGCAGUCAGGGAACCUCCUUGAUUACUGCCAGGGCAAGAUCCAGACAGCCAAGUUGCCAUUUGAGGAGAACCUUUGGAACUUCUUGAAGGUGAAUUUGGAGCAGGAGGCAAGGGCUAAACUUCUCAAGCUGCUGGGCUACAGUAAAGAGGAUCUGCAAAAAAAGAUUGCCUCAUGUUUGAGUAAUGGGAUCCCAGAUAAACAGCCCCUUCCUGAGGCAGGUGAUACAAAUGCUGCACCAGAUCAGCUUUUGAUGAAUUCCAGCGAUGAUGUAGCUGCUGUUUCUUCCUCUUCAGCCUUUUUUGAUAACCUCAUCCCACAGAAUAUGAGCAUAUUGGAGAUUCCUGUCACAGAAGAUACAGAUGGACUCAUCAGCCAGGCCCUUUUGUUGGGGAAUUUUGAGGGUGCAGUGGAGCUGUGCAUGCGAGCAGAGCGCUUUGCUGAUGCCAUCAUCUUAGCUAUAGCUGGUGGGGAUAACCUCCUAAAGGAAACCCAGAAGCGCUACUUUGCCAAGCGGAAAACAAACCUCUCUGUGCUGCUUUCCUGCAUUGUGCAGCAGAACUGGCAAGAUAUUGUUUGCACGUGUGAUUUACAGAGCUGGAAGGAGGCACUGGCCAUCUUGUUAACAUACUCAAAGCAGGAAGACUACACUCAUCUCUGUGACAUGCUGGGUGCCCGCCUGGAGUCAGAGGGAGAUGCAGCCCUGUCCAAUGAUGCCUGCCUCUGCUAUAUCUCAUCAGGCAAUGUGGAGAGGCUGGUGGAAUGCUGGGUAAAAAACCAUGAGACUUCAUCACCCCUUGCCCUACAGGAUCUUAUAGAAAAGGUGAUGGUGCUGAGCAGGUCCACUGAGAUGCUCCGAGGCACAGCAGGACCAGCACCAGGCCCUGUCUUGGCAGAACAAAUCACCCAGUAUGCCAGUCUCCUGGCAUCACAAGGAUGCUUGGCAGCUGCAAUGAAUUACCUACCCAGCAGCUCUAAAGAGCUCCUGAUUGAACAGCUCCGAGACCGGCUCUUUCAUGCUCAAGGAGAGAACGUGGGUAAUCAGCAGCCACCCCCUUUUCCCUACACUCGUGUCAAUGUAGGGGUCGUUAAACCCACAGCAGCCAAGGGUGGUUCCGUCCUUGAAGGAGCAGCCCACAAAGCAGGUCCCAGACAUCCAGAGAAGCCCAACUAUCCAUCAUCCUUUGCCCCUUCAGCACCACCUCAGCCUUCAGUGCCUUCCCUCUUCACACCUCAGCCAGUGCCAGCCAUGUCUGUGACACCUCACCACGUUGCCCCUCCCCAGGCCAGCACGGGUCCACAAACAAGUGUCUAUUCCAGAGGGCACCCUUAUCCACAGUACAACUUGGGCUUGAAUCCAGCACCUGUCUCAGGGCCAGCUGUGUCACAGUCUCAGCCAUUUGGACCAUUGGGAGUUAGACCUGUUGGUCCUGCUCCUUUCUCCAGCCAGCCCUCUCUGCCAGGACAGUUGAUGCCCAUGACAUCUCCUGGUGUUCCAGCACCCAGACCUGCCCUCUUCACUCCAGCCUCAGUCCCAUCAUCUCAGCUUCCUGCAGCCUGCCCUCUCCCUGUGGCAAGCCAGUCUCCUCUAGACUUCUCUUCACCACCUUUCAGCUGCCCCAUGAACAUGGGUUAUCCUCAGGGAGGUCCAGGAGCCCCAUCUACUAAACCACUGCCAGCAGCCAUUCCUCCUCCUCCCACGGCUCAGGAAUCCUGGAGUGACCCCUUUACUGGAAGAGGAGGCCUUCAAAAGAAAAAGUUGUCUGAGAAAUUUACUCCUCUGGCCCCCAUCACAACUCCAGUAAUGGGUGUGCCUGCUGAACCCCAAGGGAUCCAUCCUCAGCUAUCCAGGUUGCAAGAAUCUGGCCAGUCACCCCCAGGAGCACCCAAGGAAGGCAGCCUACAGUAUCACCAGCUACCUCGAGAAGUCAUUGAGAAGAAGGAGCUGCCCCCUGAGCACCAGGCUUUGAAGGCUACCUUUGAAGGGUUGGUGCAACGCUGCUCGGCUGUUGCCACUGAUCCAAAAACGCGAAGGAAGCUGGAGGACGCGCUGCAGCGGCUGGAGUGUUUGUAUGAGAAGCUGCGCGAGCAGGCGCUCUCUCCAACCAUCCUCAUGGGUCUCCACGAAAUUGCCCGAUGCAUUGAGGCUAAGAACUACCCACAGGGUCUCCUGGUUCACACCCAAGUUGUGAGCAGCAGCAGUUUCAGUGAGGUGUCUGGUUUCAUGCCCAUCCUGAAAGUCCUCAUGACCAUAGCAGGCAAGCUGAAUGUGUAAAGUGUGGAGCAGCUGGAACAGUGCACACCAGGAGCUGGUGGACUGCCUCACCUAUUGAUGUGCUGCAGGUUGUGGACUCUCCUUCUGACUCUGGAGAAAUAGGUCUGUGCCAGUGCCUGGAACUGUGCUAAGCCAGCACGCCUGGCCCCAUCCACUUUCCAGAUAGCCCACUGGUGCCUGCAGUUCCUAGAGACUGUUCUUUCUCUCUUCUUUCUUACUAGUCUGAGGCCACUUUUCAGCCCAGGGAUCUCAAUUUCAGGCUGUCCAGGUAGCACAGAGGUCCUUCUUCUUCCCUAUAUCCCCAGCAUAAAGGGGAAAAUCUUUCCCUUCUAGGUUGAUGUUGCUUUUUAUUUUUCAGGAAACAAACAGGGCUGGUACCUGCAGCACCACCACAGAAGAGCCUCAGGCUCUGUUCCCUGCUGCAGAGUAAACUUCCUGAGUGGUAGCUGGGCUGCCUUGGGAAUCUAGGCUGGUGUGUCCUCACUCUGCUGGGCUGCAGCAAGGAUCUCUCCUGGCUCCUUCUUUCUUUUCAUUCUCAUCCUUGACUCACCCUUCUACCCCUCUGCACCCAUAUCCUGCUACAGCUGGGGCUAACUACUAGUCUAUUCUGGGCCAGCUUUGGUUCUCUUUCUUCUUCACCCAGCUCUCUUGUUUUUAAAAGUCAAGUCUCCUGUUUGCCCUCUAUCCACCUUCCUUUAUAUCUUUUCCCCCAUCAUCUGCAGGCUCAAGCCCAUAAUGUUUCAGACCCAGGGAUGAUUUCCAUUUCCAGUUCCUGGGACUCUCCCAUUCAGGAAUGUUGGCAGGUUGUGCUCUGUGCACUUCUCCCCAGAGCCAGUCACAUCCUGUCUUGGGGCUAAAAGCUGCCCUUUCUGGCUCUUGGCCUUUUUCACUUCUUUUACUUUAGCACAGCUAGACUUUUACCACUGGUAUUAUCUAAAGGCUUCCUAUUUCAGGUUUUUCAGAUGGCCUAGGGACUUUAAGAGCAGCAGGGAUUGUUAAGACCCUUAAAGGUUUCCCUUGAGCUACCCUGACCAGCCCAGACUUGAGCAGGGAGAGACAGCUCAUUGCUGCCAGUAUGGUGCAUUCAUACUACCUACAGUUACAGAUACAUGAAAACGUGGUUCUUAAAUGUCCAUUGGCACUGUAGUAGUAGGAAUAUGCUGCAGGAGGUGAUCUUGUUAGGACUUGAAGAUACGGAUUGUGCUGAGACUUGUCAUCACUGUGGCAAUCCUCUGGACGUAGAUGGAUGAAAAAUAUCUGUCCUGAGGAAGAAGUCUGGGAAGGCAGAUGGGAUUUUAGGGCACAUCUUUCUGUGUGUUUAUUUCCUUCUCUUCCUCCCUCCUUGCCUUCUCUCUCAACAUCCUUACUAACCAGGCAGCAUAAUCACUGAUCCAUAGCUGAGAGCAAGGCUUAUUCCCAAGAUUUGGAUGCAGCCAGCCCCUAUUUGCUCUUCUUGCUGCUUGAGUGAUAAUGCUAUUGUGGGCCUGCGGUUCUGUGACGUACACGAAUCAACCUAGUCUACCAUGAGACUUAGGAGGGAGGAGAAUCACAGAAGGGAGGAAGAGGACAUGUCUCAUUGACUCCUUUCCAGGUCAAAGUGCCUCCUUGUUGCUGCUGUGUUGUUUCUAUUGCUGCGGUUUGAUGCACUGAGAAAUUACAGAACAGUGAAAUAAAAGCUGUGUUUUGUGA